ACACGGAUAUAAGUUGUGGCGUUCCACGUUCACAGCUGGCACAGCUUGCACCAAUGCCUCGAUGUCGUCACGUGACUUCACGGACCAAAUCCGGGGCAUCCUGCAAUCAGCAAAGGAUGGAGCUACUCCAACAUCCCAUCAGGCUUGGGUGAAGGGAGUUCUUCAGCUCCUGCAAGCAGCGCAGCGUGGCGAGCAAAUCGCUGUUCCGGAGGUUGAGGACUACGAGGCCUCUCAAGUUGAGUCUUCGAGGCUUUUGUUUCUUGCGUGUGGCUUCGAAGAAGUGGACGGCGCACUGAGGCCUGGAGAAGGAGAAGAAGUGCAAGUGGCGACUGCUGUGGUUUCAGAGUACUUGGAGUGCCUGGCACAAGCAGAAACAGUGCAAGGCAGAAGGGAAGCCGUGCAAGUGGAGGAGCCAUUCUCCAGCGAUGUUCUCGCAGCAGAGGUGCUCUCGAAGACUUUGGAGGAGGAGGAGUUGCGCAAGGCACAGCCUAGGCCGGGGGAGAGGCUUUCUGAGCGGAAGCUCUGCGAAUUGGGGGCCGCGUUUGAGCGCCAGCCUUUUGGUAGUGAUACGUGUGCCAUCCACAGCCUGAACAACCUCUUGCAGCCAAAACGAAGCCCAGAAGAAGCAGCUGCAAAAUCAGAGGAAGUACGGCAAGCAAUACACAAGGAUGAGCAACAUGAUGAGAAGGAGUCCUGGGCUUCAACUGCUGGUUUGGUGGGGCCCAUUUCCAUGGCCACACUGCGAGCCGCUGAAGUCGAAUCCCGAGACGAGGAGAAGGCGAGCUGCGGUUUCGUGCCACCUAGGCAGCUGUCUCUUCUGCGGGCUGAUUCUGGCCUCAGUUGGCCAGAAGAGCAGCGCACUGGAAUGUUUGAUGUUGAAGCAAUCAAACUGGCGGCCAGAUCCAAAGGGUUUGAGGUCAUUGAUGUGGAACCGAAACCCACUUGGCAAGACUCAGAGGUCUCUGCUUUUGCAGACGCGGCAACACAAGUGAAGGAAGUAAGUCAAGAAAGCCGAGCGCACGACAAGGAGCACCAAAAGGAGAAGGAAGAAGAAAGCCCGAAGCAAGAAAAAGUCCAACGACAGCAGCGCUGGUGGUUCCGUGGUUUCCUGGUCUAUGAAAGAAUACCCGGAAGAGCAAUGCAUUACUAUUCCAUUGUGCGUUGGCCAAACAACACGUGGAUGAUUUUGGAUUCCUUGGAUCGAGGAGACGAAUCUCCCCGGAAUCGCUUGCUGACGCUUCAUGAUGUUGCAAAGCUCUAUGAUCAGAACGGGGAGUUCUUCCGAUCGUGGCUAUUGCGCUGGUAUCCUGUGGUGGACAGGACUGCUGCCAUUGAGGAUCUCCAAGAUGCAAUUCGCCACGAGGAAGCUCAUACUGGGCCGGUUCUGCCUCCCAGUCAAGCGCGAGCAGCAAGUCAGCUCGAUUUGAGCCGUUGGAAUGCACAGCAAGCUACAAGGGCUUUGCUUGCAGCUCCCAGGCAAGUGGCUCGAGAACUGCAAGUUCUUCAGCUGACGGUCAGUGAACAAGAGGCGCGUGCAUCCCUGGAAGCAACUGAAUGGAACUUUGUCAGUGCUGUUGGUCAUCAAUCAGACAAAUUGCUCCAACAUGCGAAGGCAGAUUGUGUUGAGUCAGAAGCCAGGCUCACUUCAGCUUCAGCUUUCUCUGCCUUGUCUGCGACUGACUGGGAUGUGCGCCGCUCUGCAGAAUUGCUGCUGCUGAAGGAGCGCGCAGAAGCAGAGCACAUCAGCGUUGAUUUGUCCUCGGCAGCAGCUGCCCUGAGAGAGACCAACUCCGUGAAUGAGGCACUGCUGGUCGUGCAGUUGAUCCAUGAACUCCACAAAGAGAAUAAAGAUGUCGACGAGGCCUUUGCCGCCAAGCUGCUUCAGCACGGUGACAGCUGUGCGACUGCAAGGCAGAUUGCACUAGUUCGCAGCGAAUUUCCCAGCGCUCCGCUGGCGAUUUGUGCAGAGGCCUUGCGCAGAGGCGAGGGGCAAGCAGCAGCGUGCAUACUCUUGAAGGAUUUCGAGGACAAAGUUUGCAGCCUGGUCACCGCCCUUGCACAUCGAGUGGUGAGCUCUAGAGG